GCGAUGUUUUGGCUGGGGAGUAGGAGGGUAUGGGGCCUUGUUGUUGAUGUCAGUGAUGGCGGCUACGGCGGUAGUGUCUCCGCAGGCUGAGGCCUCGGAGUCGUGGUAUUUGGCGCUGCUGGGUUUUGCCGAACACUUUCGUACGUCCAGUCCGCCCAAAAUCCGGCUGUGUGUUCACUGCUUGCAAGCCGUCUUCCAGUUCAAGCCCCCGCAGCGUAUUGAGGCCCGAACUCACUUGCAACUAGGCUCGGUUCUGUACCAUCACACCAAGAACAGCGAACUAGCCCGGCAGCACCUGGAGAAGGCGUGGUUUAUAUCGCAGCAAAUUCCACAGUUUGAAGAUGUGAAGUUUGAAGCAGCAAGCCUUCUCUCUGAGCUAUAUUGUCAGGAGAACUCUGUAGAUGCUGCUAAACCUCUUCUGCGAAAAGCUAUUCAGAUUUCCCAGCAGACUCCUUAUUGGCAUUGCAGGCUGCUCUUCCAACUAGCUCAACUACACACUCUAGAAAAAGAUUUGGUGUCGGCAUGUGACCUGUUAGGAGUUGGAGCAGAGUAUGCACGUGUAGUUGGUUCUGAAUAUACCAGGGCAUUGUUCUUGCUUAGCAAAGGAAUGCUAUUGUUGAUGGAGAGAAAGCUGCAAGACGUGCACCCGCUUCUCACCCUGUGUGGACAGAUUGUGGAGAACUGGCAGGGGAACCCCAUACAAAAAGAAUCCUUGAGAGUCUUCUUCCUUGUUCUGCAGGUCACACAUUAUUUGGAUGCAGGACAGGUAAAAAGUGUAAAGCCAUGCCUAAAACAGUUGCAACAAUGCAUACAGACCAUUUCUACUCUACAUGAUGAUGAGAUUCUGCCCAGUAAUCCAGCUGACUUGUUCCACUGGCUUCCCAAAGAGCACAUGUGUGUUCUGGUUUAUUUGGUAACAGUCAUGCAUUCUAUGCAAGCUGGAUAUUUAGAAAAGGCUCAGAAAUAUACUGACAAGGCCCUUAUGCAGCUGGAGAAGCUUAAAAUGCUUGAUAGCAGUCCUAUCCUAUCAUCUUUCCAAGUUAUCCUCUUGGAACAUAUAAUCAUGUGUCGUCUUGUCACAGGACACAAAGCCACAGCUUUACAAGAGAUAUCCCAGUUAUGCCAGCUCUGCCAGCAGUCUCCACGUCUGUUCUCUAACCAUGCAGCUCAACUCCACACGUUACUGGGCUUAUACUGUAUUUCUGUAAAUUGCAUGGAUAAUGCAGAAGCGCAGUUCACAACAGCACUAAGGCUCACGACGCACCAGGAGUUGUGGACAUUUAUAGUGACAAAUUUAGCAAGUGUUUACAUCAGAGAGGGAAACCGGCACCAGGAGCUUUAUGGUUUACUAGAAAGAAUUAACCCAGAUCACAAUUUUCCAGUCAGUUCUCACUGCCUCCGUGCAGCGGCCUUCUACAUCCGGGGACUCUUUUCUUUUUUCCAAGGCAGAUAUAAUGAAGCAAAGCGAUUUCUACGUGAAACCUUAAAAAUGUCAAAUGCAGAGGAUCUCAACCGGCUGACCGCUUGCUCCUUGGUUCUUUUAGGCCACAUAUUUUAUGUUCUGGGGAACCACAGGGAAAGUAACAAUAUGGUAGUCCCAGCCAUGCAGUUGGCAAGCAAGAUUCCAGACAUGUCUGUACAGCUCUGGUCUUCUGCUCUCUUAAGAGAUUUAAACAAGGCUUGUGGUAAUAAUAUUGACGCACAUGAAGCAGCCCAAAUGCACCAAAACUUCUCCCAGCAGCUUCUCCAGGAUCACAUUGAAGCUUGCAGUCUUCCUGAACACAAUUUGAUCACGUGGACAGAUGGCUCUCCUCCAGUACAGUUUCAAGCGCAGAAUGGGCCCACCACCAGCUUGGCCAGCCUUUUGUGAGAGUGGCAACCCCAGUGCAAUGCUAAGACUUAUCCAGCAUUCACUCAAACACCGCCAUAUACUGAUUUUAGAGAGUUUGUACAAAAAAACCCAGAAAUCAAUUAUUGGAAGCACUGCUAUACUUCAGCACAUCACUUCUGGAUUUGUUUGGAUACUGUUCUAGAUCCCAAAUGGCAAUCCGUACACAGAGUGAAACAAACUUCAUUGGGUCACUUUUCAGAGACACGUUUGGAGGCAGAUCUACCUGUUGGAACACACUCCAAUAUGCAGGAGUUGCCGGGUUAAUCCUCAUGUCUAUGGUGUGUUGAGGAUACACCUCCCCUACAGCACUAAAAAAAAAUUAGAGGAAGGUCUUACAAAUUGGCAUCCUGUUUGACACCUGCCUUCAUUGUAUUUGUAUCCCUCCUCCCUAACAGAUGUAACAGAGAAGGGCAUUUUUAGCUUGUUUUAUAUUCAUAAAUAUAUAUAUUAAAUUUAUCAAUGUUAAGACUUUUCUACUUACCGAAUUACGGUUUUGUGAGGGACCUAGUUUUCCCUUAACACUUUUUUGUUUUUUUGUAUCAAUAUGUAAUAUGUACAGGGGAUAGGAAUCUUUUUGAGACUUGGAUAUAGUUUUUUUUUGGGUUGGAGUAAAGCCUUAGAUGGGAGACACCAAAUAUGCCAAGAUACCACUAAUUUUCUUGGCAUCCCAAGCAAAGGAACAGCUAUGGUGUGGUCAUGAAAAGGGGUUAAUGUUUCAGGACUCUCUAAAAAGUAUGUUGAGAUGUUCAGUAGCAAAAAAAAUAGAAGCCGUAAUUGAGGUUUGACUUUUUAAAUUAUCAGUAAUUACUCCUAUGAUCCUUUUUUAUUUAUCAUGAAGAAACCUGUAAGUAUUGUAACCUGAAGAUUUUUUUUUAAAGCCCUUUUCAAGACCUUUCCUUUGUUAUUCAGUUUUCUUCCCCUAUUACGUAUAUAUUAAUUUUACACUAUCCUUUGCAGAUCUGUGGUAAAGCGUUUGGUUAUACAUUAGUGUCUAUGGGAAAAUUUGUUUAUGCUGCAUUUUCUCUCCAUGAUAAUGUUUUAGGUUACAGGCACAGAUUGUUUUAGUCACACGUCCAACAGGCAAAUACAUUAGAGGUAUAUAGGAAAUCUGUUCUGUUGCACCCUUAAUAGGUCUCAUUUUGUGUUUGUCAUGCAAACUGACUUGUAAAUGGCACUUUAAAGGUAGCUGCUUCAGCUCCCUAAAGGUGCAUGUUUUUUUUUCUUGUUUUAAAACUAAUUUACAGCAUAUAUGAUAAAUGUGUAGAAUAAUCUACUUUCUAAUUUCUACAGUAUUUUUGCCAAUUUUGACAUAAAUCUAAUUCAGUGUUUCAUGGGCCCUUUUUGCUGAUGCUGUGAUGUCAUGAAGAGCUGUGGUUGCUUAGUUUCCAUUUUGUGUAUAUAGAUAUGGCAACUUCAUGCAUCAUCUAGCAGCAGGCUUUUUCCACCUUUAAAUGCAAUCUGGAAAAGUAGAUGCAGUGCCUCUUGCGAUAUGUUACUUUUUUAGAAUUGUUUUCCCAUUCAAUUUUAGAUAUCCUUCAGCUGCCUGAAAAGCAUACCUUGUGCCGCCAGCCUACGCUCAGACACACUGGACAUUCUCACUGCAGAGGUGGAAACACAAUAGGAAACUUACUAAGUAUUUUUUCUGCCGACUGGCACAAGUGUGUGCCAAUAAAGUGCAUUUCCCGUUCAACUGAAUAAAAAGAAGAUAUCUAUAUGGAUGGCCAGUCUGAUCUCCAUAGUCAGAGGUGAUAAAUAUGCUCCGUGUGCUAUCAGCCUUAUAUCACCAGUUUUAGUUGCAUUCUCUGUGGGUUAGGAUAAGAACUUUGAGUGGAAUUGUAAGUAUUUGGAGUUUUAUUUCUCCUUCCGGAAGAAGGCUCUUAAUAUAACUUAGUUUCCCUCCAUGAACAGUAUAUUACUUUGCAAUCUUAUCUUCCUCCUGUGCUCUAAGCUCUAAAUGAAUUAUGACCACUUUAUAGUGUUUGCACAUAUACUAUCCCAGUAUGGCUUACACUGUGGGGCUUGUAGAAAUGUUGGUGUUAUUUUGUUUUAAACUAAAACAAAGUAAUUUGUACUAUAACUGUUAUGAGUAAUAGAAGUAGUCAUUCAAAACUGUGGGGCUGGCCCCUCUGGUGGGAACUCUGUUUGAAAACAAGUUAAGAGUAUGGUUUGGGGCCAAUGCCUAUUUGCUCUGCUUGAAACACCUGAAAACAAAGUUUGGAUGUCAUGAAAGUUCUUAUAUUAUUUGGUUGAAACAAUGCUACACCUGUAAACAUCUAAAGAUGGCCAUACAGGUUACAAUUACGACCAUUGGUCGCAGGAAAGAUUGUUGAAACGUUAAGAGCUGAAUCAUCAGAUAUACAGUUGGAAACAAUAGAAUUCUACCUCUAUCUGACGAUUCAGCAGGAGCGUUCAAUGGCGCCAGAUCAAAAUUUUCCAUCUUGUCCUAUCGAAUAGAUGACCGAUAUCCAAGUCUUUUGCCAAUAUCUGUUUCCUCGUGUCCAGCCAUACAUGCUUUGUACAAAGUGAAGUUUCAUACGCCAUAUUUAGGGCAGCCUGGCCAAAGGAUGGACCAAUGGGGAAUUAAGAUGAUUAUUCUAAUAACUGCCCUGGGGUCAUGUCACAGGUCAGUGGAUUCCAAGGUGACUUUUAAUAUUCUUUUUUUUUUUAAUACAUAUUUUUGAUUUUCAUGGAGAGAAAAAUUGAAAAUUUUACAAAAGUAAAGGACAAGUAAUGAGGUACAGGUAUGGGAUCAGUUAUCCGGAAACCCAUUAUCUAGAAAGCUCUGAAUUACGGAAAGGCUGUCUCCCAUAAACUCCAUUUUUUCCAAAUAAACCAAAUUUUCUCUGUAAUAAUAAAACAGUACCUUUCGCAUUAGGUAUUUUUACACUGACAUCAUGAAUUAAGUUAAGGACCCCAUACACGGGCAGAUAUAAGCUGUCGACCGAUUAUGUCAGCAGCUUAUUGGCCCCUCCUGACGGGUUUCCAUGAUAGAUAUCUAGCCAAAAGUCGGGUAGAUGUCGAUCGGCUGGGCUUAAAAAUCCCAUCAGAUCAAGGACCGCAUCAAUUGGUAGAAGUCCUCGAUCCAACCUCGUCGUUUUGAUCCAAUGAUUGGGCCCUAGGGCCCAUUAUCAGAUCACCCAAUCCGCUCGUUUGGCAACCUCACCAAAACCUCGACCUCUCCAUAUGUAUGGCCAGCUUUAUACUUUAAAUUUAUCUCGGUUUUCAAUAUAUUGAGAACUGAUGGUCCUUUUAAAUGUUAAACAAAUGUGUUCCACAGUUCUAUGCCACAUUUAGAGGGGAGGGGAUUAAAACACAGAAAUGUAAAGUUAGGCCUGUUUUUAUAAAUUUUUCUUUUUAAGUUUUACAUAAUGAUAGAAUUUAUAUUACUGACAAAAUCCAAUAGCUUAAGCUGAUGUUAAUGGUGGCCAUACACUGGCAGAUAAAGCUGCCGAUAUCGGUCUUUUGGACCAAUUUGAAAGCUUAUCUGCCCGUGGAUGGGGGCUUCCGACGGGUCUUCCUGAUCGAUAUCUGUCCACGAUAUCGAACGGGAAGGUUUGAUUUUUAACCGACCAACCCUUCGGAGCCCCUUGGCGUAUCGUAAUUCGAUCGUUCGGCCGAACGUUCGAAUUACCCCCGAUAUAGCCAUGCCGUUAGUGUUUUCUGCGCUGCCGUGUGCCAGUAACCAGCAUUUGCUAAUCAACCUUCUAUUGUGACGUUUAUAUUAAAUAUAUAUUCAGUGUAUUGUGAGUUGGUCCCUAAGCUCAGUAAGUGACAGCAGCACAGAGCAUGUGCAGUGAAUCAGCAGAAAAGAAAAUGGGGAGCUACUGGGGCAUCUUUGGAGACACAGAUCUUUAUUGCUAAAGGGUUUGUGGCACAGAUUUUCCUAUUGUUUAGCUUCUGCAUGGACUGUUGAGUUUUGGUUAAAUUGCAGAAGAAUUCGUAUUUGCCUGUUGGAUGUGUGCCUAGAGGGUCAUUGUGUUGUACUGGAGGACAUGUAGGUGAGAGCUGAAAAUGUUAGACAUUCCUUUGCACGCUUAUAUUUGUUAAUGUUAUCAAAAUGAUCUUUCUUUUAGUACACUGCUUCUGGUGGUUCACCAUCUAUUGGAAAAUCUAUCUUCCAACAGUUUGCAGUACCUGCAAGCCUGUGAGUCUGAAACAUCCUGGGGGGGGGGGUAAUUACGCAUAAGAAGAUUUAUAUUCUCAGUAGCUGUGACUUUUCUUUAGAAAAAGUAGUGGUUACAAAUCACAUGGAGCCCUCUCCAAUCACUUUCCAUAGUGGACAACUUAGAUCAGCACAUGUAUGGCACACCUGUGAGGCCAGAACUUCCCAGACUGCAGUGGCAUUAUGGUCCAAUGGUUUUCAGUUUAAAUUAGGGAUGCACCAAAUCCACUAUUUUGUAAAUACUUUGCGAAAGAUUAGGCCAAAUACUGAACCGAAUCCAAUUCCUAAUUUACAUAUGCAAUUUAGGGGUGGGAAGGGGAAAACAUUUUUUACUUCCUUGUUUUGUGACAAAGUCACGUGAUUUGCCUCCCCGUCCCUAAUUUGCAAAUUCUGUUCAGACAGGCAGAAGGAUUCGACGAAUCCGAAUCCUGCUGAAAAAGGCCAAAUCCAGAACUGAAUACUGGAUUCGGUGCAUCCCUAGUUUAAAUGCUCUUGAGUUUUUAGAUACAGGGAAGGACCCGCAUACAGUCUUGCAGUGGUGUCCUCUGCACACUGGUCUGGAAACACUAACAUGUCUUCAGGCAACAAAUGUAUAAUUUACUUCUGGAGAUACCAUUUGUCAGCAGUAGCAAGUGAUUGAGAACAAAACUGUUUGAUUUGUUGCUGCUAUUUGCCAAAGAAAACUCAUUGCUAUUAAAUAAAAAAAAAAAUCUUCUGAUGCGAGACUUGCAUUACAAUCUAGAUAGCUAGACCACACUUACAUGAUAUCGUUUGCCUUUAGCUAAAUCUUUCAACCUCUAGCUACAGUCCUAAUUAUAUUGCAGAUUGUUGCAGUGGCAAAAAUAUAUUGCAAUAAAAUCCGUCUCAGAGGGAUAACAGAAUUUAGACAUUUUAAUUUAUGUAUCUUGUGUUAAAGUCGACUUGCUUUACUCUGAUUGGUUUGCCCUAUUCCCUAAUGGGCAAAUCACUUGUACAGUUCUUUUAAAGUUUUAAUUUAGUGUUGUUUUGAAUUUAUUCCAACUAUUGAUUCUCUGCUUUACUUUCUGUAGAUAGUGUAAAGAUGUUUGUAUAGAAAAUAAAAUCAAAACUACAUCUCAGGA